AGCAAGUCAACCUUGAACGAAAUCCCAUGCAUGAGGGCACAAUGGAGCAAGAGAUUGUCGACAGCAAUUAGGGCUUGCGGGGGGUCAUGUAGUCAACAACGAGGGAAGGAGAGAGAUUAGGGUUUCGAAGCUUUAGCGCCUCCGCUUGCACACAGUGGGUCCUUUCUCGCUGUGCUCUCUCGCUCUCUCUCUCGCUCGGUGUCGUCGACACUACGAGCACCGCCUGAAUUCUUCCCCCCACGCUGGCGCCAUAGCCUGUCGCCAUGGCGCAAUAUGACCUCACCGCCCGUGUGGCGCCAUUCCUGGACCGGCACCUCGUUUUCCCGUUGCUGGAGUUUCUGCAGGACAAGCAACUUUACAGCGACGACCAAAUCUUGAAAUCGAAAAUUGAGCUGCUGGCCAAGACCAACAUGGUCGACUACGCCAUGGACAUCCACAAGUCUCUCUACCACACAGAGGACGUUCCUCAGGAUAUGGUGGACAGAAGGGCAGAGGUAGUUGGUCGGCUUAAGGUUCUGGAGGAAUCAGCAGCGCCUCUCAUCAGCUUCUUACAGAACCCAGCUCUUGUUCAAGAGCUACGGUCUGAUAAGCAGUACAACCUCCAAAUGUUGCAAGAACGGUACCAGAUCGGUUCUGAGCAAAUCGAGGCUCUGUAUCAGUAUGCCAAGUUCCAGUUUGAGUGCGGAAACUACUCGGGUGCAUCCGACUACCUGUAUGAGUAUCGCGCACUUUGUACCAAUAGCGAACGCAGCAUUAGUGCUCUCUGGGGCAAGCUUGCAUGUGAGGUAUUGAUGCAAAACUGGGACACAGCGACGGAUGAGUUGAACCGGUUGAAGGAGUUUAUCGAUUCUAAGAAUUUUGCUUCUCCCCUUAACCAGUUGCAACAAAGGACCUGGUUAAUGCACUGGAGUCUUUUUAUCUUCUUCAACCAUGACAAUGGAAGGAAUGGCAUUAUUGAUUUGUUCUUUUCUGAAAGAUAUUUGAACGCUAUCCAGACAAACGCACACCAUUUGUUACGGUACUUGGCUACAGCUGUAAUUGUGAACAAAAGGAGGAGGAACAUGAUCAAGGAGUUGAUAAAGGUUAUUCAACAGGAGCGUUACUCUUAUAGCGACCCCGUGACGGAAUUUUUGGAAUGCUUGUAUGUAAAUUAUGAUUUCGAAGGAGCACAGCGAAAGCUUCGUGAAUGUGAAGAGCUGAUUGUGAGCGACUUUUUCUUGGGCAAGCAAACAUCGGAGAACGGCUUUGUGCCGAUUCCAUUGCUAGAUGAGUUUAUGGAAAAUGCUCGGCUUUUUAUUUUUGAGACGUACUGUCGCAUUCACCAGUGUAUUGACAUUUGCAUGCUCUCGCAAAAGUUGAACAUGAACUAUGAUGAUGCUGAAAGAUGGAUUGUGAAUCUUAUCCGCAAUGCGCGGUUGGACGCCAAGAUCGAUUCAAAGAUGGGCACUGUUGUUAUGGGCACACAAUAUCCAAAUAUAUAUGAACAAAUUAUCGAGAAGACGAAGGUUCUUAGCCAGCGAAGUUACGCUCUCACUACUAAUGUAGUCAUGACAUCUGCCGCCGUCACUGCAUCAGCCGCUCGGUAGCUAUACCGGCUGUUGUGGUAAGGAGUUGGUUCAUGGUUUUGGUACAUUGUCAUCCACGUUGAAUGUCACAUUAGAUGCGAGUCUUUUCAGUAUGUCAAACUUGACCAUACUUGCCGCGAUAAUAUUAUUUCUUUGCACAAAUAGGAUAGCCUUCAGGCAAGGAGGCACUUGCCCCCAUGUGAAUUCCAGCAUAAGGCAUUUGGUUGCCAUGUGCAUUGAAAUUAACUCACUUGAGUACUUCAUUCAUACUA